AUGGGCAGCGGAGAGCCGCUGGUGCGCGUGGUGGCGGUGGACGCCGCGUCGGUGACUAAGGCGGCCCUGGUGCUGACAAUGGCCAACACUAUGGCAAAGCAGGACAUCGGUCAGAUGCUGUCGUUCCAGCCCACGCUCAUCUCGGGCCGCAGCGCGGAGCCGCCCACCAUCCCGGAGGGCGCCACCGUGUUCUACGCCGCGCGCAUCGCCGCGGGCGACAUCCUGACGGACAAUUCGCUCCUGGUGACGGCCGAAACGAAGCCCGACGCCCUGGCCCGCGCCAUCAUCGCGCGCGUCAGCACAGCCGGACACACAGUGCUAGAGUGCCUCGGCCGCGCGGCGACCGCGCAGGCGUUGCAGGCGGUCAUUUCGGCGAGGCGGGGGCUGCUGGUCAGGACGCAGGACGUGGCGUGCGUGAUAGCCUCCACCUAUGUGAACCAGCAGCCGCGCCAAGCGACGCAGCAGCAGCAGCCGCGGCAGCGGGAGGGGGAGGAGGGGGAGCAGCAGCAGCCGCAGCAGCAGGCGGCAGAGGGGCGGCGCGGCAAGCGGCGGGGGGCGGCGGGCGCGGCGGCGACUGGCCCCGGCGGCGGCGAGGCGGCGGCGGCGCGACGCGUGCUGGCCAACCGGAUUGUGGUGCUGGAGUGUGCCCCUCGCGACCCCUCGCUUCUACGGGUCCGCUCUACUUACGGCAAGGUCGGCUCCUGA